AUGUUUUACAUUGUUGAGUUUUAUGAAACUCAAGAGGUUGAGGUGGUGCCAGCAGCUUGGGUUGCUGAUGACGUCUGUCAGUGGCCCACUUACUACAAACCUGAUGAGCUGGCAAAGGCCAUAAAAAAUGAAGAGCAGCCGGGAGACUCGUGGGAAGAAUACAGAGUUCGGAUUUUAUAUAAAGCAGCAAGCUACAAAGCUGCUCGCCUGAAACUUCCCGAGGCAGAAACCCACACAGACCUACAGACAGCAGAAGAAGAUGACGACAUGCCAAGGAGAAAGCGAAAGAGAAAUGUCAUCGGUGGGGUAGACAUUAAAGACACAGUGUGGAGGAUCAUGAAACACCUCUUUACCAACUCCCUGGCCAAGCAGCUUAACUGGCGGGGCGUAAAUGGAAAGACGGCUUUCCAUAGCCUCCAGUUAAAGGAUGUAAUUACUGGAACAGUGAGAAACAACCAUUUGACGGCCACUGCAACUGACCAGGAGGUGGAGGCCUAUAUAAAAAGGUGGCUUCAUCUCGCUGGAGACAGGGAUGGUGGGAGGAGAGAGAGGGAGGAGAAAAGGCGUGCCUCACAGCACACACGGCCACAAGAAGACGAGCAGUGAUGGGGGUCAACAACAACAACUGUGUUCUGCUGAUUUGGCCUGAAUUUUUUUCUUCCGUUUGUUUUAUGGAAAAGGUUAAAAAAAU